GUAUGACUGUGUUGUGUUUCUGUGCAUGAAUUGCAUUGUUCACAUACUGACUUUUUAUCUAAACAAUUCUAACUAAGCAGCACAAUGAACUCUUUAUUCUACAUGUAUCUGUGGCUUAUAAAGCAGAUCUCUCACAUUGACCAAACCUGCCCGAUGCACCCUGAGAGUGAGUCAGUUCUCCACUGGAGGUGAACUUUGUAGCCCGAUGCUAACAGUCGCAGCAGCACAGCAAGUAGCGUUAACGCCGGUCACUGUUGAAUAACAUUUAUUACUGCGGUAAAACAUUUUUUUUUUUUAAAACAGCUUUUGAGACUCGACCCACGUCAGGACAUUAACAACGUUACAUAUUAUUGCAGAAGAAAGCCAGACGGAAGUUAAAUAACUUACUAGAGUGAGAUGCUAGCUCUAACGUUAGCUAGCUCACGAGCACUGCCAGAAAGUUAUGUGCUGAUGUACCUGAUUCAGCCUGGACAUAUUAGUGUUUACUAACAUUAGAUUCUUGCACAGUAAAUACUAAACAUGGCGUUCCUGAAGCUGGCAGGUGUAACAAUCACCUCCAUCAGUCCUUAACACACUUCAAAGUCAGUAACGUUGGCUGAAAUUAACCAGUUUCAAAACGGCUGCACCAGGGGAGAAACUGGACCCCGCAUCCAGGUCAAAGAUGGAGUUGGCAGUGGCUCACCCGGCUCUCAAAGCCUUUAUGUGUGGCUCUCUCAGCGGCACCUGCUCUACGCUGCUCUUCCAGCCUUUGGAUCUGGUCAAGACGCGGCUGCAGACCCUGCAGAACACUGCCAAGCCGGGUGCACCAAAGGUGGGGAUGUUCAACGUUUUAAUCAACGUUAUUAGGACAGAGAAUUUCUUCAGUCUGUGGAAGGGAGUCUCACCAUCAUUUGUGCGCUGCAUCCCCGGGGUGGGCAUCUACUUCAGCACUUUCUACUCGCUGAAGCAGCACUACUUCCUGGAGCGGGCACCUAACGCUGGCGAGGCUGUUCUGCUCGGAGCGGGUGCCAGAGCUGUGGCUGGAGUCUGCAUGCUGCCAUUCACAGUGAUCAAGACACGCUUUGAGAGUGGCUGUUACAACUAUGUGAGUGUGGCAGGCGCUCUGAGGAGUGUGUAUGAGACGGAGGGAAUCAGGGCUCUAUUCUCGGGGCUGACUGCCACGCUGCUCCGAGACGCUCCGUUCUCUGGCAUCUACGUCAUGUUCUACAGCCAGGCCAAGAAGGGGCUGCCUGAAGGGGUGACUUUGUCGGCCUAUGCCCCGCUGGUGAACUUCAGCUGUGGGAUGGUGGCAGGCGUCAUGGCGUCGCUGGCCACACAGCCAGCAGACGUGGUGAAGACCCACAUUCAAAUUAGCCCAUCCUACUGGAGCACGACGGAUGCUAUCCGCUACAUCUACACGGAACACGGCAUGAUGGGGUUUUUCCGUGGGGCUGUCCCCAGGUCUCUACGACGCACUCUGAUGGCUGCUAUGGCUUGGACUGUCUACGAACAGCUGAUGGCUCGAAUGGGCCUCAAAUCCUGAAGAGCAUCAGUGUUGGAACAGGAUGGAAUACGAGUGGAUAAUGAUGCACAUUAUUACCUAACUGAAAGGCCCGUGGAAGAUGAAAGAGGAGCCGAGCUUGUAGAGACGGUGAAUCAGCACUACUAAGAUUAGGAGAAGAGGACCCAGGUGGAUAAAUGUGAGAGUAAGAAUGCUGUGACUGCGUGGUUGUUUUUGUUGUUAUUUAAAUGUUUGUGAAAAUGUGCCUGUUUGUGUCGACUGUGUCGAUUGUGAUGUUACACCUGACGCACUCUUAAUGUCCAUCUUGCGCUGAAGUGACACUCCCUGCUGUGAAGUGAACUUAUUCCUCCUCUCACUAUAUGUUUCUUCGGGCUGCUACUUAAAAAAAUGACCUCACAGAGAGAUUCUGUGCUGGGCAGCUUUGACAAGGUAUUUUUAAAAUGCUGUCAAGACAAACGGGACUCUCAGCAAACCGGUGUAUCGUAAAUCUGCUGAGGUAGACAAAAGCAAAGCGCUGCAGAGAGAGAGAGAGGGCUCUGGAAACUUAUGAGAUUGAGCAAUGUUUCUUACUCGCUAAUUAACAAGCAGACUUGGCUUUUUAAUUUGUUUCGGGCUCAGACAAUCACAAGUACUCACAUUAUGGGAAAGUAAAUCACAAUAAAGCCUUUGUUGCCAUACUGCUUUAAAACUAUGCCAAUUUAAAGUUUAUAUACAACUGUGAUGCAUUUUGUGACUCCUCAACCAGAUGUGCUUUUUAAAGAAGUAACAGUGAUCCGUCACAUCUUGGCUUAACAAACGUAGCAGAAACAUUCAGCGCUGUAACAGUAUUUCAGUCAGAUCAGGACUUUGUGGAUUUAUGUUUUUUUCUAUUGAAAUGCUUAAUAAAAUGUUUUAUGGGAGAAUAAAAACA